UGAGUUCUUGUGAAAUGAAAGUCAACAGUAGAUUUUCUGUCUAGUCAUAUGGCACAUCUAGAGAGAAGUUUGUUUGUUUGUUUUUAAUGACUAUUUCGCAUUGCUAUUGAUAAUAAUCUGAUAUUGUUUUUUAAAAUCAGAAGUGGUAGUUGUGACCGGUAAGGCAAAAUGGCAGAGGCUGGUUUUCCUAGUAAGCCAAGGAUGGGAAAAGUAUGCACCUGUGUCGUAGGUCAUACUUUCAAUUCUGAUAAGGACUUGGUAAGACAACUCACUGGCCGAGGAGACUGUACUGAAGUGUCACUAGCGGAGAGUGAUGUCAUCAUAAUGAUCUGUCCUAUGGUCAGUGACUUUGGAACUCUGGACCUUGAUAUACAACUGGAGGUGGUCUCAGAAUACCUAGCUGGUAGACCUGUUGUUCUGGUGGUGCUGCAUGACACUUUCGACCCAGACUCCACUAUACCUGACAGCAGCAGACUAGUGACCAGGGGUGAGGUAAUACUCACAGUGGACUGUCUAUUUAAUCACAGAGGACUGCUGGACUGUCCUCGCAAUAAAGAAGCAGUCGAUAUGAUUCUGAAGAGGCUAAACGUACAACCAAAGCAGGAACUCACAGAAGGUAAGCCAAGGAUGGGAAAAGUAUGCACCUGUGUCGUAGGUCACACGUUCAAUUCUGAUAAGGACUUGGUAAGACAACUCACUGGCCGAGGAGACUGUACUGAAGUGUCACUAGCGGAGAGUGAUGUCAUCAUAAUGAUCUGUCCUAUGGUCGGUGACUUUGGAACUCUGGACCUUGAUAUACAACUGGAGGUGGUCUCAGAAUACCUAGCUGGUAGACCUGUUGUUCUGGUGGUGCUGCACCAUGACACUUUUGACCCAGACUCCACUAUACCUGACAGUAGCAGACUAGUGACCAGGGGUGAGGUAAUACUCACAGUGGACUGUCUAUUUAAUCACAGAGGACUGCUGGACUGUCCUCGCAAUAAAGAAGCAGUCGAUAUGAUUCUGAAGAGGCUAAACGUACAACCAAAGCAGGAACUCACAGAAGGUAAGCCAAGGAUGGGAAAAGUAUGCACCUGUGUCGUAGGUCACACGUUCAAUUCUGAUAAGGACUUGGUAAGACAACUCACUGGCCGAGGAGACUGUACUGAAGUGUCACUAGCGGAGAGUGAUGUCAUCAUAAUGAUCUGUCCUAUGGUCAGUGACUUUGGAACUCUGGACCUUGAUAUACAACUGGAGGUGGUCUCAGAAUACCUAGCUGGUAGACCUGUUGUUCUGGUGGUGCUGCAUGACACUUUCGACCCAGACUCCACUAUACCUGACAGUAGCAGACUAGUGACCAGGGGUGAGGUAAUACUCACAGUGGACUGUCUAUUUAAUCACAGAGGACUGCUGGACUGUCCUCGCAAUAAAGAAGCAGUCGAUAUGAUUCUGAAGAGGCUAAACGUACAACCAAAGCAGGAACUCACAGAAGGUAAGCCAAGGAUGGGAAAAGUAUGCACCUGUGUCGUAGGUCACACGUUCAAUUCUGAUAAGGACUUGGUAAGACAACUCACUGGCCGAGGAGACUGUACUGAAGUGUCACUAGCGGAGAGUGAUGUCAUCAUAAUGAUCUGUCCUAUGGUCAGUGACUUUGGAACUCUGGACCUUGAUAUACAACUGGAGGUGGUCUCAGAAUACCUAGCUGGUAGACCUGUUGUUCUGGUGGUGCUGCACCAUGACACUUUCGGCCCAGACUCCACUAUACCUGACAGUAGCAGACUAGUGACCAGGGGUGAGGUAAUACUCACAGUGGACUGUCUAUUUAAUCACAGAGGACUGCUGGACUGUCCUCGCAAUAAAGAAGCAGUCGAUAUGAUUUUGAAGAGGCUAAACGUACAACCAAAGAUAUAGUUACAACUUAUAGCCCACUUUAAGUUAUUUAGCACAGCACUUGCACACCGCACACCGCUUGUUUAGGUGGGUUGAGUUUUGGCCAGCCUGGCGACAUAAAUUAGUUAAAAGACAAUUACGAAAGGGAGUUCCAAACUUCUCUGCCAAUAACAGCUAGUUUUCAGUUUUCCCUUCCCCACUCAGACCACUCCCAGACAGUCCUAGGAAAAUUAUGUUCAGCUCAAUGUAUGAUUGAAUUGUAUAAGCACUUCUUUCUAUCAACUUAUGGAAACCACCUAAAUGACUAUUGGAGGGAUGCAAUGAAUUGUAUAUUGAUGUUGAAUUGAGUUUUCAACUGACACGAGUUGAAUAUAUUGUACAUUUAACAACAACUAAAAACAAUUGUAAAAGUAAUUAAACAGUUUUCCCUAUUGAAUGUGCAUUGAUUGAAACCUGAAGUCAUCUGAAAUAAAAUCUUCAAAUGCUGAUGACGCCUUGCAAAUGCAAUAAAAACAAACAGCUUUGAUGAAA